AUGGCCUUUCAACGAUUCCACCUGCUCGGCGCAAAGCCGUCGACUGCCAAGGAAGUCGCUGUACCAACCUCGGCAAGCUUCAAGAAAGUGCAGAUCGAAGUCGCCAAGGCACUCGACAUCACAACUUACAAGUCGGUCAGCUUCACGACGUCCGAGGGCGACGUUCUGGAGAAGGUAGAGGAUGUUGUGGAGCACCCGGAUGCCGUGGCUGUCGCUAUCGAUGGCCACGCCAUCCGCAAACCGCAAGGUCCUGCGCCGCUGCCUGUCGUCGGCAACUACUAUGAGAUCUACCCCGACCAUCUUCACAACCACGGACGUCUGUUCCGCAAGUAUGGCGACGUGAUCAAGACCGAAGUGAUGGGCAAGGUCGUCUACCUCACCAACAGCCCCAGUGUCUCCGAGCAAAUCCUCAUCGAAAGUCCCUAUUUUUCGAAAGAGAUCAAUUCGAACCAUCCCCUGUACGGCAUUCGCAACAAUGACGCCGUCUUCCUCGGCGACACCAACAAGAACUGGGUCGUCGGCCACAAGUAUGCCAGUGCCUCCAUGACUGGUAAAGCCAUCCCGCACUACGCCAAAAUGACGCACAAUGAGCUGGUCAAGGUACUCGGUGUUCUCGACACUCUGGAUGCCAGGGACGAAUCCUUCAACGCCUACUCGUUGACGCUCAAGAUCGCAUCCCAGGUGAUCGGCAAGUUCACCUUGAUGCGCGACCUUCACCACCUCGACAGCCCUGAAUCUCCUCUUGACGACCUGGUGACCGACAUGGUCGCCCUUCUGGGGUACAACAAGCAGGUCACCUCCCGAGGUGAAUGGUUCGGCAAGCUGCCUUUCGGUCCUGGCAAGCAUCUGCGGGACAGCUCGGGUCACUUUCAUGAGCUGCUCGAAAAGCAACUCCAGCUCAUCAAGGACGAUCACGAGAAGAAUCCACGCCCGGAUCUCGACCUUGAGACUGCUGCUAUGGAUGCUGACUGUCUCGCCGAUUUUUUCCUCCGCGCUGCGGACGAGAACGGCGACAAGAUCCCGCACGACUUGAUGCUUGCCAACCUCGGUGUGCUGGUGGGUGCCGGAUUUACCACCACCUCAUCAGCCAUGGCUUGGCUCCUCUACGCCCUGGCCAAGUACCCGGAUUGCCAAGACAAGAUGCUGCAAGAGCUGGUCGACAACGACAUCACCAAGGACACCGAAUUCACCCCGGCCGUGCUUGAGAAGCUGACCUACUUGGAAAAGUUCCUCAAGGAGACCCUUCGAAUGCACGGUCCCAGUUUCGCACCGGGACGCACCGCCCAGGUCGACAACGUCGUCCUGCCCGGCGGGUACGUGCUCAACAAAGGUGAUGUGGUCAUCUCUGCGCUCUAUUCGAUCCACUACCAUCCCAAGAUUUGGAACAAUCCGGAAAGGUUCGACCCAGAGAGAUGGACGCCGGACUUUAAGCCGUCGCGAUACGAGUACAUGCCUUUCGCUGCAGGAGGCCGAUCUUGCAUCGGAUUCGCGUUCGCACUGCAGGAACUUCGACUGUUCCUGGCUACGAUUGUCAGAUACUACGACAUCUGCCAAGUGGGCGACGAACCUAUCGAGUACGAUCCAGAGUUCCAGCUCAUCCGACCAACCAACCUCUAUAUCCGAGCCAAGAGAAGGCCCGAAUGA